AUGGCGCCGAAGCUCUGCGUCAUCUGCAACGCCGAGCGAGCAGUGCUCCGUCGGCCCAAGACAGCACAGCAGAUCUGCAGAGAAUGCUUCUUCUAUGUCUUCGAGACUGAAGUCCACCACACGAUCGUCUCGAACAACCUCUUCAAGCGUGGCGAUCGAGUUGCGAUCGGCGCAUCAGGCGGCAAAGAUUCGACCGUCCUCGCCCAUUGCAUGAAGGUCCUCAACGAACGUUACGACUACGGGCUCGACCUGUUUCUUCUCAGCAUCGACGAAGGCAUCACGGGCUAUCGAGACGACUCGCUCGAGACGGUGAAGCGCAACCAGCAGCAGUACCAGCUUCCACUCAAGGUGCUUGGCUACGGCGAGCUGUAUGGCUGGACGAUGGAUGACAUCGUCAAGAGCGUUGGGCGGAAGAACAACUGCACCUUCUGCGGCGUGUUCCGACGCCAGGCGCUUGACCGUGGCGCAGCAACGUUGGGCGUCGACCACAUUGUUACGGGCCACAACGCAGACGACGUCGCCGAGACGGUCCUCAUGAACGUCCUUCGCGGCGACAUUGCCCGUCUCGAGCGCUGCACCGAGAUCGUCACCAAGGGCCCGGACGGGUCGGAGGAUCCGGAACACGAAGGCUGCGGUUCCAGCAGCAACACCGGUGUCGGCGGCAGCGGCAUCCGACGCAGCAAGCCCUUCAUGUAUGCAUACGAGAAGGAGAUCGUCAUGUACGCCUACUUUAAGAAGCUGGACUACUUUUCGACCGAGUGCAUCUACUCGCCCAACGCAUACCGCGGCUACGCACGAACCUUCCUCAAGGACUUGGAGUCGAUUCGACCCUCAUCGAUCGUCGACAUCAUCCAGUCCGGUCAGAACCUCAAGAUCUCGAAUGUGGUCAAGCAGAGCAGGAAGACCGAGCUGCAGGACUGCCAGAGGUGCGGAUAUAUCUCGUCGAACAAGGUGUGCAAGGCGUGUAUCCUGCUGGAGGGGCUGGAGAAGGGGACGCCGCAGUUGGGCAUCGGGAGCGAGAAGUCGAAGAAGGUCAAGGACAUCAGAAUAGAAAAUGCCAAGGAGGCCACAGCAGUGGCUGCAGAGGGCGCAGAGGAGAAGAAGAGCGAGAGGAGGAUACCAAGGUGGACAGGCAUAGCGAAGGAUGCACCGCCAGGAAGCUCGUUACCCUUCGUACCGCCGCAGCAGAAAGUGGAUCUCAGCUUCUGA